CCCUACGCUGUGAGUCUUGUUUGGGGGAGGGGGGGAGGGGAUCGGCCGCGGAGGAAGAAGAGAGAUCGGCUGAGGCGGCGGUGGGAGAGGAGAGCGGGGACAGGACGAGAUCGCAGCCUCCCUGACUCGCAGGCCCGGGAGGGGCGCGCGGUGUAGAACGCGUGGACGCGGGGAGAGGAGGGGGAGAGAUUGGUUCAGACUUGAGCCUCCGAAGCCACGAUGAAGAAUCGGGACAAAGAGGGCGGUGCUUCGAAGCUGCCAGCCAGCCCUUCCAAAGCAAAAGCCCGAGCGGGGCCUCAGGAGCCCGAUGCAUCGCAGACCUCGAGGCCCGAGGAUGCCCAGGAGCCCAGGAGCCAGGGGGUUCCCAAAGCGGACGGACGAAGUCCCGCCGGCCAGACCCAGGAGAAGAACGAAGGGGGACCAACCAAGAAUUCCCAGCCAGGGCCUGAUUGUGAUGUCUCUGAAGAGCUGAGUCGGCAGCUGGAAGACAUACUGAACACCUAUUGUGUUGAUAGCAGUCAGGAGGGACCGGCUGAUGAUGGAGGCCAGAAUGAACACCCAGAGCCAGAUGAGGUUGAGAAGAGCAGGAAUUAUGCUGCCCGGAACGGAGAACCGGAACCAGGAACCCCUGAAGUCAAUGGAGUGAAGGAAAUCACCAAAGGAGAGCCCGGUGUUGAAGAGAUCCGGGCAAAUGAUGAGAGUGGGGACCGAGAGCAGAAGCGGGCCCAGGAGAAGAAGAAGGCCAAAGGCCUGGGGAAGGAGAUCACUUUGCUAAUGCAGACACUGAACACCCUUAGCACCCCGGAGGAGAAGUUGGCCGCACUAUGCAAGAAAUACGCUGAACUGCUGGAGGAGCACCGCAAUUCCCAGAAACAGAUGAAAGUCCUGCAGAAGAAGCAGAGCCAGCUGGUGCAGGAGAAGGACCAGCUGAGGAGCGAGCACAGCCGGGCUGUCCUGGCCCGCAGCAAGCUGGAGAGCCUGUGUCGGGAGCUUCAGAGACACAACCGAACCCUCAAGGAAGAAGGAGUCCAGCGAGCGAGGGAGGAAGAGGAGAAGAGGAAAGAGGUGACCUCCCACUUCCAGGUGACCCUGAGUGACAUCCAGCUGCAGAUGGAACAGCACAACGAGCGCAACUCCAAGCUGCGCCAGGAGAACGCAGAGCUGGCAGAGCGGCUGAAGAAGCUCAUCGAGCAGUACGAGCUGAGGGAGGAGCACAUUGACAAGGUCUUCAAACACAAGGACCUGCAGCAGCAGUUGGUGGAUGCCAAGCUCCUGCAGGCCCAGGAGAUGCUGAAGGAGGCUGAGGACAGGCACCAGCGAGAGAAAGACUUUCUGCUGAAGGAAGCCGUGGAGUCCCAGCGAGUGUGUGAGCUGAUGAAGCAGCAGGAGACCCACCUGAAGCAGCAGCUCGCAUUGUACACAGAGAAGUUUGAGGAGUUCCAGAACACUCUGUCCAAGAGCAGCGAGGUAUUCACAACGUUUAAGCAGGAGAUGGAAAAGAUGACCAAAAAGAUCAAGAAGCUGGAGAAAGAGACCACCAUGUACCGAUCCAGGUGGGAGAGCAGCAACAAGGCUCUGCUCGAGAUGGCCGAAGAGAAAACUCUUCGAGACAAGGAGCUGGACAGCCUGCAGGUGAAAAUCCAGCGGCUUGAGAAGCUCUGCCGGGCUUUGCAGAGUGAACGAAAUGACCUGAGCAAGAAGGUGCAGGACCUGAGUGCCCAUCCCCCACCCGGUGAAGCCAGCGGCCCUCAGAGGGACAGCAGCACUGAGCCGAGGGGGGAGAGCCUGAACUCCGGGGGCCCCCAGGGCCUAGAACUGAGCACAAGUGGUGCAGGCCACGCGGAGACUGAGGCAGCCACCCCUUCUGCUGACUAGAGAGCCCCAGGCGAAAGGAAGACCGGGGUGCCAGGAGGGAGCUUGCGGAUGUCACAGGCCCCGCUGCCGUGGGGAAGAGCUGGGCCCGGCAGGCAUUUGCCACUUUCUGCUUUAGGUUCUGGAAGAUGGUUUUUAUAUAUAUAUGGCAUAUAAAAGUGUGUGCCAAGCCCCAUGCUUUUAUAUACAUACAUGUAUAAAACAGUGCUCACUUGCCCAUGCCUUGUUGCAUGGGGAGAGACGAGUGACUAAUCAGUGUGUUGGAGGGGCUCAGCAGAGCAGUCGCCGCUGUCACUGCUCGUGGUCAGGGCAGGUUAAAUGGCUGCUGCUCCCUCCUCCCCGCCUCCCCCCCUCCCUGCCUCCCUCCCGGAUUCACCUCUGGGAGCAUGGCUUCACUAGUGCCCGGCCAGUGCAUCCGCACCCAAGUGCACACGCCUGCUCUUGUAUUCUGGUUGAGAGGACUGGGCUGGCUCUGGCUCGGCGUUCCCGCAGUGCUGAGAGCCUUUUUGCCCCUCUUGCUCUGGGAGCCCCGCAGGGAUUCAGAGCCAACGUUAAUAGUGUUUUCUAGUGAAGAGAAGAGACGAGAGCUCGGAGCCCAUUUAUGUUGAGCCACCCAGGGGGAGCCUCAUGCUUUCCAGUUGUGCCCAAACUAGACAGUGCGUCCCAGUAGCCUUAUGACUCACAGGUGCCUCUCCCUCCAGCACAAGUGGAUUGAAAAGAGAUCAUCCAAAGGGUUGUUUCCCAAGGUGGUUUGGGGGGGGGGGGGUGCACAGGAGGGUGUUAUAGUGGAGGGAUUGAUGAGGUAGGAGGAGACAGCCCUAGGGCAUCUGCCUUCUUGUAUCUACUAUCUGGGUCCUGUAGCUGAGUUGGUACAGUGGUUGCAUGCUCCUCAUGGAGAGAGAUUGAUGUUUCCCUUUAGUGUUUCCUAGGACCUGCUUGAAUCAUUGCAAGGGCUGUAGAGCCCUGGGGGCUGCCUCUUGUUGCUGUAGCAGCUCAGCCCCAGGAUCUCGGCCGUCCCCACCCAUUUCCAUGGGCUCCUCAGAAUGAGGUUGCUCUGGUGAAGUGUCCGGCAAGACCUCCCCUCUACCCACGGACGCUGAGCAGAGGUCACAGGACCUGUUGUUCUGAGUUUGGCCUUGAACUCCAGGCUCUAGCUACCGAUGGGCCUCUGUACUGGCUGAGGCCAGAAGGGCACAUGGUAGCUCCCAAAUUGGCCCGUCCCUGGAAGAGACCAGAAAUCCACAGCCCAAGAAUCAUUUUUGGCUGAUGACAAGGGAGUCUGCCCUUCGCUGUUCUUAACCGGGCUGUGCUAUGAGGGCAUUCCCCAGCUGCCACGCCAGGCUGUCCUCAUGCCCUCUGCUCCAGCCCAGCCUUUUGCCUCAGUGGGACCAAAGGAGCUACAACAACUGCAGGGCAGAGUAGACCAGGGGGCUGUCUUGGAGGACCCGGCUGUUGUUUCUUCCCGUCCAUCCCCUCGUUUCUCCUCCCUGGCCUUUUUCCAUGUUGCUGAGUCCUGCUCACAGACUAACCCUGAAUCAUGUUCUUACAGACCUUGUUCUCUAAUGUUACAGUCUUCCCCUCCCCUUGUGUCUUUUGGGUGGUUCUGGAUUUAAUCUCCUUCCCAGCUCUGGGAAAGACCCUUCCCCAGGGGACUCCUAGACAGAGACCACAAUAGCAUCCACCUGAUACUUUGUAUGCGCCCAUCUUGUCUUUGUCCGACCUGAAGGUGAGGGAGUCAGGCAGUUAUCAGGGCCUCUCGGGCUGGAGGUGGAACUGGGGGUGAAUGGAUAGAUGUCUCCCCUAGAGCCCGACCAACACUUGGUUUAAUUUGCAUUCCAAACUCAGAAACAUUUCCCCACCUCUGGGGUAGAAGAGAUGGGUCCACGAGUCGUCCCUGCCCCUUUCUUCCUCUUCAGUCUUCCAAGGUGCCCCUUCUGCCCUUUGCCUCUUCCCCAAGGCCAUGCGGGGAAGUCAGUUUGGGCUUCUCUGCUGCAUGGAGAGAGCAUGGACAGGCACUCACCCAAUUCACUUCAGCUACCUCUAAGCUGCUGUAGGCCUGGGGCUACAGAGCCAGCUCCGGGCCCCUUGCUGGGACACUGAACCCAGAUGCUUCAUCUGGCCACAGACUUCUUGGUUCGACACCCAGUAAACCCUCUUUCCAGGACUCAUUUAGUGCUGGGUCUGCUCAUCCAGGCAGCCGCACUAGGGCUUCCUUUCUCCCUUGGCCCCCUUUUUAAUUCUUAGCCUUUUUCCCCACUAGUGACCAAAUUCCGAGUUCACCAUGCCUGCUGCUGGCUGCUCUCCAAAGGGAGCUGGUCCAGGCUACAGCUCCCUCCUUUUGGUUUCUUAAAGUGGAUGCUUGGCCCUGGGCAGUCAAGGGGCUGGAUUGUACAAGGAGCCUGGGCAAGCCUCAGUGGCAGUGGGUGAGGUACCCCAAGAGGGGUGUCCAAAAAGAGGGUCGUACUUGGCCUCCUUAGCCUUGGGCCCUUCCUUGUUUCAGGGAUUCAGCCCCACGCACACUUUCCUCUCCUACCCGUGGCCCUUGUCCUAAGAAUGCAUCCAGGCCAUUGGGCCAUGAGCACAGAGCAUGUGAUGAUAUGUGCCACAGCAUUCUGGGGUUGAUUCUAUAGGGGUCAAACUUAGGCAUUUUCUGUGGUUAGAUGGCUCUGUUUGGGGCUGUGGAACAUUGCCCCCCCCCCAGCUUGCCAAUGGCACAGCAGGGUAGACAGGGUUUGGGGGGGGGGGAGAGCUUCCUGUCUGGUGUGGGCCCUCCAGGCAGCCUGACCCCAUGGGGUUGGAAGCUGGAUGCUAACAGCUGUCUUUUUCCUUUUCACAACAGACAUGGGGUGGGGGUGGAUUUUGAUGUAUUUUUAACCACAUUAAAUAGU